GUGAACCGUUUGAGACAAACUGAGAAACGUGAACCUUGAAGGAUUAUUUCGACUGUAAAAGGAUUAUUGUUAUAUUAUAGGAAGUUUGGGAAAUAGCGCAAUCAAUAGUACUAAAGUCGUUUUCGUCACGUGGUCAAGCUUGGCCAAUCGGAGCGAGCCAAAUUCAGCGGAAAGUAUGCUCUUUGUUCGGAUAUUUUUCCAACUUUAUUCCCACAUCUGAGCCUGAAACUCGGUACAAAUCACGCCAUGUGGGAACUGAGGGGACGUUUUUAUGAGAAAGGACGCGCCGUGGAUGUGUUUUACUGCGGGUUUUUUGUGUAUUGCCACGUGUUCAAGUUUGAUGAACAAUGCGCUCGGGCGUAUUUCAUCACAUGACUCCCCUCCCCCACCCUGCGCAGGGAAUGGGGGAAGAAGGCGGACAUGUUGGAGGGAAAUGUGUUGGUUAAAGAGUAUCGAGGUGGAAGACAAGAAGAUUAAUUCAAGAAAGGUUUCGCUUUAUUUUGGGAUUUACCAGUCGACAUUUGUGUUUAUUUUAAAUUCAGGGUUUUUCAUGUCAUACUUUGAAAAAUGUUUAUGUAUUUUUCUUUUGGGUAAUUUAACUUUAUUUUUGGAACCGCAUUCUAUCUAAUGUUUAUAGCGUUAAUUAUCAAAUUUUAGGUAAAUUAAUACCUGAUAGUGAAAGGGUUUAGUGUUAUUUCCACUGUUUAUUUGAGUGACAUUGUAGGGUAUUUGUAACCUUGGUGUGGGGGAUGGGCGCAUGUGGUUAGGUAACCAUUUUGUGCCUUUGUUGAAUUUCUAGUUUGUCGUUUUUGAAGAUUAGAGUUCUCAAAGAUCUAUUUGGUUGGUAAUUGUAUGAGUUUUCACAGACAACUUUGGUUUAAUGACUCUUUAGUAAAGCCUCAAAGGUCAGGUAUAGUAUUUAUUUAUAUAGUAUGUUUUCAAACCCAUAUAAGAUGAAUUGUCUUUGUGAUUUCCUUUAGCUUUAAUUAGUGUGGUAUGUUCAGUUGGUUGGGCAAAAGCAGCAUUGAGUUUGAUCAAACGUGGUUUCAGGUCAGUGAGGAAAACUGCUGUGUCAUUCAGUGGCUGGUUGGUUCUUAUGGCUCUUACUAGGUGUGGCCUUCUGUUGUUGGUUGAAGUACAUGGAAACUACAGCUUCACAGUUAACACAUUCAGUUAAAAUUGUAAACGGUGUUCUUGUACUACUUUUAUGUUUGUAAGCCAUGGAGGCCUUGUUUGACUUACUGUGUGUUCACAAAUUGUGGCCUUUUUCAGCAGGAGAUAAGGUUGUUCACUUCAGUUGUGUUUGUGAGCAAAAUAUGUAGCGUUUUUAAGUGUUUUUAUAUAUGUUUGUCUUAAUCAUUGUAAAUUAUUCGAUUGUAACACUCGUUUUCACUGUACUUAAAGAUGGCGGCUGUGUGUCUCUUCUCAAAGACAGAAAUGCGGAUAUUCUGGUAAGCAGAGAGCUCGUGGGGAGAGGCUCUUGGCUCUUGAGGGGUACGCGUGACCCAGUGGAAGAGCCAAUCGGCUUCUUGGUAUUUACCCUGGAAGCCCGCGUUGGAAUUGUAUCGACCAAUCUCCGCCGUCGCUUUGCACACGUUGACGUAAUGUAAUAUGAUAAGGAGGAAGGUGGCUUCAGUGCCCUUCCAUUUUGUACAGGAUCACACGAGGAGCCAGUUACAGGCAGCGUUUCUGUAACACUGAACAGACUGAGCCAAUAGUAUUGUGCAAUUUCCUUGACGGACAGCUCAAACUUGCGAAUAGGUUGGUCCGAAAGACUGUCAGUGAAGCUCUAGCAUAUAGGGGUGUGGUGACUUUGACGGACAUCAUAAACACCCAAUAGAAACUCAGAGGGCGUGGACAUUCUGAGACAGUCUAUCCAAUAGGGCGAAUAGUCGGUCUAUAAAGGAACGGGUGUAGUCGCAUCGUCGCCAUUUCAACGAAGCAGUGUAGAGGGAGUUCGCCGUGGCGGGGAGCGGAGAAAACUGACGAACAGAGACGGAUCCUGGUUUGAGUCUAGCUAAAAAUACAAUCCGGAUCCAUCCUGAUGGAUAUGGCUGUUAACCCGCCCCUUGACAGCUCCCAUGUCGGGGUUGAGGUUGGCAUAAUGGGAGUCACACCGAUGGACCAGGGUUCUGGCACAGCUGGAAAGCGCAUCCGAAAACCCUCGCUGCUCUAUGAGGGCUUUGAGAGUCCUGGGAUGCCUCCCCUCAGUCAGAUGACCCCCUCGGGACCCCCGCAACCCCCGGUGAAAGACCCCACCCGACUGGGGAGGAUGACCAACCAACUUCAGUUCCUACAGAAAGUCCUGCUCAAGUCUUUGUGGAGGCACCACUUUGCCUGGCCCUUCCAUGAACCUGUAGACGCAGUCAAGCUCAACCUGCCUGAUUACCAUAAGAUCAUCAAAAAUCCCAUGGACAUGGGCACUAUUAAGAAGAGAUUAGAAAAUAACUACUACCGCAGUGCCAGCGAGUGCAUGCAGGACUUCAACACCAUGUUUACUAAUUGCUACAUUUAUAAUAAGCCUACAGAUGACAUAGUUCUGAUGGCCCAGUCUCUGGAGAAGGCAUUCCUGCAGAAAGUGGCUCAGAUGCCCCAGGAGGAGUUAGAGUUGCCCCCUCCCCCUCCACGGAGCAAACCAGGCAAACCUGGUAGAAAAGGCAGAGUCUCUGGAGGAGUGACCACAGCUCAUCAGGUCCCAGCUGUGUCCCAGUCAGCGUACUCACCCCCAACCCCAGAAACCCCCGACUCCAUCCUCUCCACCCCUCCACAGACACUUGUGAGCAAGAGCUUACCCCCUGUGCUUCCUAGUGAACAAAGCAUCCCUACCAUCACAAGUCUGCCUCCCACACAGCCCACUGCUAAGAAAAAAGGCGUGAAGAGGAAAGCGGACACAACCACUCCUACCACUGUAGCCAUGCCCAUCAUGAGCACCAUGGGCGUCAGUGGCAUCAGCCUGGGGAUGGGUGGUGGGCACAACUCUCCCCUCACCCUGACUUCUCUUGGGGUGGACCACAACUCCAGCCUGGGGAUGAACCAAGGCCUCAGUAUCAGCCAGGGCAUGGGGAUGGGAUUGGGAAUGGGGAUGGGGAUGGGAAUGGGAAUGGGUAUGGGCAUGGGCAGAGGAACAGUAAUGAUGGGCACCAAAUCAGGAGCAGUGAGCAGGAGAGGAGUGAGCGGGCGACCCAUCAAGCCACCCAAGAAGGAUUUACCAGAUUCCAUACUGCCUCCUCCGGUGCGCCGCAGCAAGCUGAGUCCUCAGCUGCGCUACUGCAAUGGAGUCCUGAAGGAACUGUUGUCAAAGAAGCACGCCGCGUACGCCUGGCCUUUCUACAAGCCUGUCGAUGCCACAUCCCUCGGUCUUCACGAUUACCAUGACAUCAUCAAACAGCCCAUGGACCUCAGCACCAUCAAGAGGAAGAUGGACAGCAGAGAGUACCGUGAUGCUCAGCAGUUCUCUGCUGAUGUUAGACUGAUGUUCUCCAACUGCUACAAGUACAACCCCCCUGAUCAUGAUGUGGUGGCCAUGGCCAGAAAACUCCAGGACGUCUUUGAGUUCUGCUUCGCUAAGAUGCCAGAUGAACCUCCAGCACCACCCAGCUCCUCAUCUUCCUCCUCGUCCUCCUCGUCCUCGUCUGAGAGUGAGCUCAGCAGUGAAAGUGAGGAGAGUGAGAGCAGCCCCAGCUCCGACUCCGAGGAGGAGAGGGCAAACCGGCUCGCAGAACUGCAGGAACAGCUGAAAGCCGUGCACGAGCAGCUCACUGCUCUCUCCCAGGGCCCCAUCGUCAAACCCAAGAAGAAGAAAGAGAAGAAGGACAAGAAAAAGAAGAAAAAGGUAGAAAAAGAAAAGCAUCGGAGGAUAGAGGAGGAGCUACCACCUGUCAAACCAGCCAAGGCCCCCAAAAUCACCAAAACUCCGAAAGCAAAGACCAACAGACCUGUGGCCUGUCCUGUGAUACCGAUAAAGAAGGCCCCGAGCAAGAAAAACAACAAGAGCAAAGCCAAGAAGAGCACCAUGAUGUUUAACGUGCCUCAGCCGGUCCACGACCCCAUAGUGAGUCAUUUUGACUCCGAUGAAGAGGAGGACACGGCGCCCAUGUCGUACGACGAGAAGCGUCAGCUCAGCCUGGACAUCAACAAGCUGCCCGGUGAGAAGCUGGGCCGCGUUGUUUACAUCAUCCAGUCCCGCGAGCCCUCGCUCCGAGACACCAACCCCGAGGAGAUCGAGAUCGACUUUGAGACGCUGAAGCCAUCGACGCUGCGGGAGCUGGAGAGAUACGUCAUGACGUGUCUGAGGAAGAAACCUCGAAAGCCAUAUGCGAGUAAAAAGAACAGUGCUGGCAAAACCCGGGAAGAGCUCGCUCUGGAGAAACAAAUGGAGCUGGAGAGAAGGCUGAUGGACGUCAGCGGUCAGCUCAACUCUGGAAAGAAGCCUCCUAAGACCAAACCAGAGAAACCUGCAACCGAGACCAACACCCAGCCGUCACGUCUCAGCGCCAGUAGCUCUUCCUCAGACUCCUCUUCAUCGUCCUCUUCCUCCUCAUCCUCAGACACAAGCGACUCAGACUCUGGCUGAGAAGCAGAGGGUUUCCAUGUCAAAGGGUCCCGUGAAGGAUCCUGGGUGUUUCCCUUCCCACCGAGUGGACUGAACUGUAGUAGAGCUACUGACGACGGAGCCGCGGGGCGGAUCAGACGAGACCAGCACUAGGCAGAACUGGUCCGAUUCAGAGAGUAUCAAACCGAGAGAGAGACGGCGCUUUCCCUGCGCCCAGCUCAUUCAUCCAGCCCUGGACACAGAAAACUUGAGGAUGGAUGAAUGGAUGGACCACAGGAGACUCGUUGUAAAGUCCUGCCGGUCUCUGGAGAACUGGCCUUGUUGGGCAGAGCGAGGGAUGCUCCGUCUCCUGCAAGAAAAGGAGAAGAGCAGCGCAUGCGUUGGAGGGAUAAGGGUGCUAGAGCCAGAAUCUGUCUUAUUUCUGGAGAUAAUUUCCCUUCUUACCGUGCUCCCUGUCUUUAUGCUGUAUAGUUAAGGUGUACAGUUAUAUAAAUAUCUAUUUUUCUUUUAUAAAGAAGCAUUUUAUGGAGCUAAUUUAUUCCCUCAUUCUGGGGAAAGAUGUACUGGCGUGGGGCGGAGUUGUGUUUUGUUUAGUUUUUUUUCGAGUGACAAAGAGGGGGGAAUGUGUAUGUGUGUUUGUGUGUGUGUGUGUGUGUGUGUGCGUAUCUGUAUGAAUGUGUCACGUGUGUGUGUGUUUGCAUGCACAUGGUGGUGUGAUCCGGCACCACAAGUGCAGCCUUGUGAAGUCCCUCAUAGUUUUGACGCAGGCGUUGAAAAUCAGUCUGCACGCAGAAGCACCUUGGUUCAGUAGAAUACAGAAUGCAUGCAAUACAGAGGAGCUGACAAACACCUGCAUACUUAUGUACUACUUUACUGCAUCCUUGUGUACUCAUGUACUUGUUUGAAAGGGUUGGCCACUGUACAGAAAUGUGACAUAUUUACACAUCAGUUUAUACGUGAAUAUUUCUGUUCCCACGUUGGCUGUCUUUUUUUCAUCCCUUUCCGUUUCAAUCUCUCUGUAAACGUGUUGCUUUUUUUUUCUUCUUGUGACCAAUCUGCUAAUAAAUUGUGAGGACGUGUCUUGUCCACUCACCCGUGCCCAAAUAACAUCCUGGUUCUUUUGAUUUCUUCUGGUGUUCAGUCACGACAACAUCUGACGAGACUUCAGUAUUUCAAGUUGCAAAGAAAAAGUUUUUACUGGUUUUUACGAUUUGAUAUUUUAUUCUAGCGGGUGAAUCAUUUUCCCAUGGGUCGUCACUAAACAUCACAAAGUAAAACUGCUUUGUCUUUGAAAUUGGCCUUUGAGAUCUACGGCAGCUGAAAGUUUUAUUUUCUGUAUUAACUGAGUUUUGUUUAAUAGUAAGUUCACUUUAUUUGUGUGAUUUAAAACCGUAGUAAAACCAGGUUGAGAAGCUCUCGCCAGCGGCUGUAGGCUGUGGACGGUGAGAGUUUCUCUUCUUUGGCAGGAAAACAAAUCGUUUAUAAGAAAAGCAAUGGGGCCGGUGGAAACAUGGAAGUGUUUCUUUUUUAAAUUCUGGGAUCCAGUAGAUAAAAAAGAUGGUUUAAUGUUGUGAGUAAUAACGAUGCACUGUUUGUUUUGGUGGUACUACUAAACAAUUUGUGAUUUAGAUAAGGUGUGUAUCAGUUUUUUUCUUUUAAAUUUGUCUGUGGCUUGAGAUUGGAGUUAUUGUAUGUUUGAAACUGAUUAUUUAUUUAGGAGGAAUUUGAAUGGAGAUACUUUUUUCAUAAAUACUGAAAGUAAUCAAAGCUUUUAAGUCGAAGUCUACUCUAUGAAAUAUGCACAGCUUAACUGUCAGGAUUGUAGAAGUGUACAUAUUUUACAGUCUCAAUCUUUGAGCAUGUUCUUGUUUUUUCCUUCAGUGACUUAGUCCAGAUUUUUCUUUGGGUUACUGCUCCAAGACAAAAUACUCCAGUUGUCAGUCUUACUUUUCUGAAGUUUUGUCAGAAAUCUAAAUGCCUCUGUACUUGACUCCAUCAUUUCAUCUGAACAUCUGUACAUAAAUAAACUUGAGACAUGUUCAUCUUUUCA